AGGCAGGCAGUAUAGAGGCCCAUUAGUGUGGAUUCCAGGUUAGGAAAUUGGUUCUGGUCAAGGGAAAACACUAGAAAAUCGCCAGAAUUUUAUACAUGUCAAAUACACAUUCAGGUGGCACUCUCAGAGUUCCUCUCACCAUGCCACCUGUCCCCUUCCCACACACCGUAUCUUCAUGCACCCAAAGCUAAACACUUUUCUGUACAGUUUUCUUCCAAGUCUGUUCUUUCAGUACUCUUUAUAUCAAUUUUAUUAAAUUAGAACAGCUUCUAAAUUAUGGGUUCAGAAACUUUCCUUGAAGUAAUUCUGGCAAUUCUGGUGCCUCCUGUUGGUGUCUUUCUGAGAUAUGGUUGCGGAGUGGAGUUCUGGAUAGAUCUGUUGCUGACAAUUCUGGGUUACAUUCCGGGUUUCAUAUAUGCCAUUUAUGUGUUGGUUGGAUGGUAGAUAGAUGAUAGACGUUGACCAUUGCUGAUUUAUAUAUGUAUGUUUGUUGAAUAAAACUGUGGAGUGUUCUAUGUUUGAUGAAUUAGUUUUUUUUUUUAUUUUAAAUUCAGUCAUAUUAUUUAGAUUUAUUUAAUUUAAUUCGUCUGUGUGUUUGUUUGUCUGUUUGGUUGAUGAGAAAACUGCUAAUGGAAAUAUACAAUUUCAAUGUAUGUUUCGUGUCCUAUGGUUUUGAUUUUGAUAGAUGAUAGUUGUUGCUAUGUUUAUGAUAGAUUUGACAACAGCUAAUUGGGGUAAAUUUCACUAUAGUACACAUAAUCAUGCCUAGUGUUUAAGGGUUUGUGUGCAAGCAUGCGGUUCUUUUUUUUUUUUUUUUCCUUUUUGGUGGGUCUGAAAGGCACACAGUCACACAUAACAAUUAGUUUGUGUAUUUUCUGUCUAAACAACUCAUAACCACACACAAUAAUUUGUUUUGUAUAUAUAUAUUUCUUUCCUGUUUGGUUGAUGAGAAACCUGCUGACAGAAAAUAUAUAAUUUCUAUGUUUUGUGUUGCUUUGAUUUUGAAAGAAAAUAAUGGUUUGAAUUUGUUAUAGGUUAAUGGCAAGUCAAGUAACAGCUGGGUUACCCAGAGUAUAGAAUGGAUUUUUCUUUUGCAUUCCUUUUGUAUGUGGUCAUUGAUGCGAGUAAAUGCAGCUAAAGCAGCCUUCACUGGAGUUAUUAAUUAUUCAUGAUCCUUGUACCUUUUUGUUCUUCAAAGAAUAAGAUUAAUCAUUAAUG